UGGUGAUGGUCCUGGCUGAAUAGAGAGCUUAUAAGUAGCGGUGACAGACACCCUCACGUCAUAAAUUUGUGUCUUCUACACACUUGUAUACAAUUGCAUCUUUGAAGUCUGUCUAUUGCAAGCCCACAAACACGUCGAAUUUAAUUUUGGUAAUACUGAACUUUAAAAGUGAAUCUAGUGAACAACGCUGCGUGCUUCUAAAUGGCUACUGCAAUGGAGCGUGCUGCAAUCGGAUCCGAGGAAGCCAGGAUGGAAGGGCGUGGUCCUGGUGGUAGAGCAGCAGAAGCUGCAAGGAAUGUCGCAACUGGCAGGGACCAGCCAGGCUUUGAUCGUUACAACGACGGCGUGGGACACACUGGUGCUGGUCCUUUCAAUACUAAGGGAACAGACGUUCGAGACAGAGGUCUUUUGGAUGGUAGGCGCGACCACCAUCACGAUGGCUUGAUCGGUGAUCACCACCACGAUGGCGUGAUCGGCGGUCACCAUCACAACGGCUUGCUCGGGGGUGGUCAUCAUGGUCCAUUGAGCGGAGGGGGACUAGGACACACUGAGGAAGAAAUGGCUCGGUUGAGGAGCAAGACGCACAUCACAGCAGAGGGCGAGGCAUACUGCCCCAAUCCCAAUCUGAGGGAUCUCCCCAAGGAAUUCGAGACAAGGGUGCAAGUCAUCCAGCGUUACCCUGAGAUGAAAACCGUCGAGAAGACGGACUUCGUGAAGGAAGUUCACCACGAGGAACGCACCAUCAUCGUGCAGAGGAGCAGGGUCAUCCAUGACGACAUUGAGAGGAUCGACCGCGUACCAGUGGUGAGGCAAGUGCCGAAGACGAGAAUCGAGAUCCACUACAGAACUGUCCAGGAAGAAAUGGAAGUCAUCGACAUGGUCCAAGAGGUGGAUUAUAUCGAUAUGCCUCGGAUCGAGAUGGUUCCUCGUGUUAUCACGGAGGAAGUGGAGGAAAGAGUUAUCGUCCCCGUGGUCAGAGAGGUUCCUGUCACCCGCAUGGUGGAGGUACCCACCGGCAACUACUGUGAGGCACCUGCAGGUUCCUUCGUCAGCCCCGGAGAUUUCAACCUCCUGCACCUCAAGGGUGCUGGUCUUGGAGGUCUUCUGCACCGCAGCAAAUCUAGUAGCUCGUCAUCUUCGUCCUCGUCGUCAUCCUCCGACGAUGAGGGUCACGUCGCGCACGAUGGCACCACUACUGGCCUUGAGCCCAACGUUAAUGGAACCGUGGCUCCGCGCCGCCGUAAGAAGAAGAGCUUGUUGAGGAGAGUCUUGCACCAGUAGAUACAGCGUCUGAUUUCUCACUUGUAACGUAGGGCAUGUUCAUGGGUUUGCUUAUGAUAUUGUAUUCUAUUGCAUUUAUUUUGAUCUAUAGACGAAGUCUUUUUUGCAAUGUUGUUAUAAAUUAUUACAUAUAGUGAGAAAAGUAAAUACAAAGAAUCAUCUUAUUCAUAGGACGCACCACAAUAACCGCACAUCUUGUCCACAAUGGUACUAAGUUUUGCAAAAUAGAUACUUCUGAGCUCUACUUCUAAAUGUAAUAAAAGAUUAAAUUCAUUUUGUGUAAUGAA